UAGUAGAUGGACAAUUACUGUAGUUUGAUCCGAGACUAAAUGUGUGGCAAUCUACACAAACUGGCGUAGCCUCCCAAAAGAUACUAGGAAUGCGUACAUCUAAAGGAUGCUUAAGGACUGGCUUCCUUGCAGGAGACUAGGGGAUCCUGCCUUGAAAUUCACAGACCUAUUAGAAAACGGCUCGGCCCAUGUGUACUAGGAUGUCUCUUCAAUGUGCAUGUGCGUGCGCCUUCAACUAGUUUUCUUUGCAACGUUUUUUGGGAAGUGCUUGCCAUGGCCUGCUGCCUAGGGCUGAAAGAGUGACUAGCCUAGCUGGCUUUCAGCCUAAGGCAGGACUAGAUCUCACCAUCUCGCGGUUUCAAGCCUGAUGACUUAAGCCACUACACUACAAACUAGCCUCUGGAAUAGGUAUCCAGUUUGUUUCGAUGUAAUGUCAGGGAGAGCCGAUCCUCUCCCGCUCACCCUGUCUUUUCUCUGUCUUGUUCUGCUGAAACACCCUUCCCCUUUCUGAAACCUGUGUCAAAACAGAGUCACACCCCUUCCGUGACGCUGGAACAGAGCUGUGAAAAUCUGGGGAGGGACUCCAAUGGCGCGUCCGGUUCUGACGAGACCCGGUGCUUCCUUCUGACUAGGCCCCGAUGAUCUCCGCCCCCGUCGCGCUCUGGCGCCGCACGAGCUGUAACCUGCUGCUCCGCCGCCGGCCCGGGCACAAGCGAACCUCCUGGACGCGCAGGACGAUCUUUCUGAGGGCGACCUCAAGCAUGGCUACAGGGGGGAAAGGCAGCCAGACCAACAACAGCCUCUAUACUAACCGGCUCCUCCAUGAGAAAUCUCCUUACCUCCUUCAACAUGCCCACAACCCUGUUGACUGGUAUCCAUGGGGCCAGGAAGCCUUUGAUAAGGCAAAGAGAGAGGACAAGUUAAUAUUUCUGUCAGUUGGCUAUUCAACUUGCCACUGGUGUCAUGUUAUGGAACAAGAAUCCUUUCAGAGUGAAGAAAUUGGUCAGAUUUUGAAUGAGAAUUUUGUGUGCAUCAAGGUGGAUCGGGAGGAGCGUCCAGAUGUUGAUAAAGUUUACAUGACCUUUGUGCAGGCAACCAGCAGCGGAGGUGGUUGGCCAAUGAGUGUGUGGUUGACUCCUGAUCUCAAACCAUUUGUAGGUGGAACUUAUUUCCCUCCUGAGGAUGGAAUUUAUCAGGUUGGCUUUCGGACUGUUCUACUUCGCAUCCUAGAGCAGUGGAAACGGAACAAAAAUAUCCUUUUGGAAAACAGCCAGAAAAUCUUGUCUGCACUGUUAGCUAGGACUGAUGUUGGCGUUCGAGGGGAGGAAGCACCCCCAUCCUUAAAAGAAGUGACAACCCGAUGUUUCCAACAACUAUCAGAGACUUAUGAUGAAGAAUAUGGUGGAUUCUCAGAAUCUCCCAAAUUCCCAACCCCAGUUAAUUUGAAUUUUCUCUUCUCCUAUUGGGGUCUUCAACGGUCAAAUGCUGAGGGAGCACGAGCACUUCAGAUGGCCCUGCAUACACUCAAGAUGAUGGCAUAUGGUGGUAUUCAUGAUCAUAUUUCACAGGGGUUUCAUCGCUACUCUACUGACCAACGUUGGCAUGUCCCUCACUUUGAAAAAAUGCUGUAUGAUCAGGGUCAGCUGGCAGCAGCGUAUGCCAAGGCAUUUCAGAUUUCUGGUGAUGAAUUCUUUGCAGACACGGCAGCCGACAUUCUGCUUUAUGUUUCUCGAGAUCUGAGUGACGAUUCAGGGGGUUUCUACAGUGCAGAGGAUGCCGAUUCAUACGCUACAGUCCAAUCAGAGAAGAAGCAAGAGGGUGCAUUUUGCGUAUGGACAGCUGAAGAGAUUCGGCAGCUCCUGCCAGAUCCCGUUGAAGGGAUCCCAGAGAAAAAAAUUGUGGCAGAUGUUUUCAUGCAUCACUAUGGAAUGAAGGAAGAUGGCAAUGUGAAUCCAAUGAAGGACCCUCACAAUGAAUUAAAAGGAAAAAAUGUUCUGAUAAUGCAAUAUUCCCUGGAACUUACAGCUGCUCGAUUUGGACUGGGGCUGGAAGAGCUGAAGACAUUGCUGGUUAAAAGUAGACAGAAACUAUUCAAGGCACGAACUCAGCGGCCACGGCCCCAUCUGGACAGCAAGAUGCUUGCAUCCUGGAAUGGACUGAUGAUCUCCGGCUUUGCUCAGUGUGGAGCCAUCUUAGGCAAGAAAGAAUACAUUGACCGAGCUGUACGUGCAGCUUCCUUCCUGCAAGACCACAUGUUUAAUGCCAGCAGUGGAAAGCUGCUAAGAACCUGUUACCAAGGACACGGCAACACAGUGACCCACAGUUCUGUGCCUAUCCAUGGAUUCCUAGAGGACUAUGUCUUUGUAAUCCAAGCACUCUUUGAUCUAUAUGAAGCUACACUGAACCCAAGCUGGUUAGAAUGGGCUGUGGAGUUACAGCAUAAGCAAGAUGAGCUCUUCUGGGAUCCAAAGGGUUUUGCCUAUUUCUCCACAGAAGCUGCUGAUCCUUCCUUGCUCUUUCGCAUGAAGGAUGAUCAAGAUGGUGCAGAACCCAGCCCCAACUCUGUUGCAGUUUUUAAUCUGCUCCGGGCAGCGAGCUAUACUGACCAUGAAGAAUGGGUAAAGAAAGCUGGGCAGAUCCUAACUGUCUUCUCAGAGAGACUGGUGAAGAUUCCUGUUGCCCUUCCUGAGAUGGCGCGAGCCACUGCUGCAUUUUAUUUGACACUCAAACAGGUUGUUAUUUGUGGUGAUCUAAAAGGAGAAGAUACCAGAGAGUUACUGCACUGUUACUAUUCUACUUACACACCUAAUAGGGUGCUGAUUCUUGCUGAUGGUGAUACAACAGGAUUCCUCUACCGUCAGCUUGGUUUCCUCUCCUCUCUGGAAAAGAAAGAUGGAAAAGCUACUGCUUAUGUCUGUGAAAACUUUACCUGCUCACUACCUGUCACCUCCAGCCAGGAGCUACGCCGCAUGUUGCUGCCCUAAGUUACUAUCCCUGGUAGUCCUCACAUUGCAAUAGAUUUGAGAAGAAAGAGGCCAACAUUGGCAGGGUGGAUCUUAAUAAAAUCACCUUCAGUAUAACCUGGCCUGUGGUCAAUUUAGCUUGCCUCUCUCCUGUUUUAAUAGCAUCCUCUUUCAUAUCCCAGGAAUAUGCACAUGUUCUGAAAUGUAUUUAUUAUUUGUGGACAAGGCAAUAUGUCUUAAGGGGAUUUGCAACCUGCAUUUUCAAGAACCUGAAGACUGAAGUUUAAUUUAAAAUAAGACAGGAGUUUGAUUUCUGUGUAAUCUCAGUUCUUGCUAUACAGCUUUGAGAACAAUGCUCAUUCUCAUAUGCUGCAGAAAAUCAUAUAAUUUAGACUACUAAAUUUCUUUGUUUCUUUAUGUUUCGUUUUUGAUUUGCAAAGGAAAUAGUAGGCUUCUCCUCUGUCUUUACUCCUCAGAAUAAAGGUUCUAAGAAUGAGGAUCCUCUUCUUAUCAUCUUUGUGUCUUGCGGUAGAUAUAUUAUGAAUAAUUUUUAUUCAAAGAAGAUUUUACAAAGAUUUAAAAAACUACAAAAACAUAGAGGAAAUAGAAAAAGGAAAGAUUAUAAAGGGGUAAAAGAAAAACUAAAAAUAACAAAAAAUCAAGAAAAAGUAAUCUAAAGAAGCAACUUCCAAUCUUCUUCACAACAAUUACAAACAACUGCACCCUCCCAUUUUGCAUACCAGAGUUCUUCCUAUAAACAAACCUUUUUAAUCAAUAAAUCUCAAAAAAUCAGGAGUAUAUUUUUUCCAUUUUCAAUUAAAAAAAA